GGGCGGUAUCGCGGCGGUUGGGUCUGGGAGCCAAGGCAACCGAAAUCUUCACAGGUUUGGGAGAUCCCCCCCGGUCUCCCACAGCUUCGGGAUCCCAGGGAGUCGCAAUGGCUCCGGUAUCCGGCUCGCGCAGUCCGGAGGGGGAGGCCUUGAGCUGCAGUGGAAGACGCCGCAGUUCGUCAAGGAGUCCCAAGCUGAGUAAAUCUGGUCGCUCCCCGCGGGGCCGCCGCUCGCGCUCGCGCUCACACUCUCAUUCGCACUCGCACUCGCACUCGCAUUCGCACUCUCACUCGCACUGGCACUCGCACUCUCGGUCGGUAGACAAGAAUGGCCUCGGCCAUCAGCUGGGUGGGCUUGGCCAAAGCACCCGAAACCAGUCCUACCGCUCCCGCUCGCGAUCGCGGUCUCGAGAACGGCCCUCAGCACUGCGCGGUACCCCCUUCGCUGCUGUCUUCUCGUCCGCCUAUUAUGGCAGCUACUCGCGCCCCUAUGGGAGUGACAAGCCGUGGCCUAGCCUUCUCGACAAGGAGAGGGAGGAGAGUCUCCGGCAAAAGAGAUUAAGUGAAAGGGAAAGGAUUGGAGAGUUGGGAGCUCCUGAAGUAUGGGGACUUUCUCCAAAGAAUCCUGAACCAGAUUCUGAUGAACAUACACCAGUAGAGGAUGAAGAACCAAAGAAAAGCACUUCUUCAGUUUCUACUUCAGAAGAAGAUAAAAAGAAGAAGAAGAAAUCCAGUCAUUCAAAAGAAAGGUCCAAAAAAAGGAGAAAGAAAAAAACAUCUAAAAGAAAACACAAGAAGUAUUCUGAAGAUAGUGACAGUGACUCUGAUUCUGAAACAGACUCUAGUGAUGAAGAUACAAAAAGGAGAGCCAAGAAAGCCAAGAAGAAGGAAAGGAAGAAGAAACACAGAUCGAAGAAAUAUAAGAAAAAGAAAUCUAAGAAGAGCAGAAAAGAAUCCAGUGAUUCAAGCUCUAAAGAUUCCCAAGAAGAGUUUCUGGAGAAUCCCUGGAAGGAUCGAUCAAAGGCUGAAGAACCCUCAGAUUUAAUUGGCCCAGAGGCUCCAAAAACACUUGCUUCUCAAGAUGAUAAACCUUUGAACUAUGGCCAUGCCUUGUUACCUGGUGAAGGUGCCGCUAUGGCUGAAUAUGUAAAAGCUGGAAAACGUAUCCCACGAAGAGGUGAAAUUGGUUUGACAAGUGAAGAAAUUGCAUCAUUUGAAUGUUCAGGUUACGUAAUGAGUGGUAGCAGGCAUCGCCGAAUGGAGGCUGUGCGACUGCGAAAAGAGAACCAGAUCUAUAGUGCUGAUGAGAAGAGAGCCCUUGCAUCCUUUAACCAAGAAGAGAGACGAAAGAGAGAGAACAAGAUUCUGGCCAGUUUUCGAGAGAUGGUAUACAGAAAGACCAAAGGGAAGGAUGACAAAUAAAGAUGUUCUGAUUGUUCCAUGGACAUGCUUACCAAAAAAAAAAAAAAAAGAGAGAAAGGAAGUCUGGGUUCCACACAUAAACACAAAAAGAUUAUCAUUCUCUGAAAAAGCUUUACAGUGCUACUGUGCCUUCUAUUAAUUCUUUCAGUCCUCCGAUAAAAACCUGCUUAUUGAUAGAACUUUGGCAGGUUCUUUGUGUCAUUUUGGAUUGACCAUAAUAACUUUCUGGUUUAAAAAUCCAAAUUGUGGGGCCAGGCACAGUGGCUCACACCUGUAAUCCCAGCACUCUGGGAGGCCAAGGCGGAUGGAUCACUUUAGCUCAUGAGUUUGAAACCACCCUGAGCCAAGAGGGAGACCCCGUCUCUACUAAAAAUAGAAAAACUGAGGCAAGAGGAUAGCUUGAGCCCAAGAGUUGGAGGUUGCUAUGAAGGCAUCAUGGCACUCUACCCAGGGCAACACCUUGAAACUCUGUCUCCAAAAAAAAUUAAUUAAUUAAAAAUUAAAUAAAAAUCCAAAUUAUGGUAGUCCCAGCUGCUUGGGAGGCUGAGGCAAGAGAAUCGUGUAAGCCCAAGAGUUAGAGGUUGCUGUUAGCCGUGUGACGCCACGGCACUCUACCGAGGGUGGUACAGUGAUACUCUGUCUCUACCAAAAAAAAAAAAAAAAAAAUCCAAAUUAUGGGCCGGGUGUGGUAGCUCACACCUGUAAUCCUAGCACUCUAGGAGGCCGAGGCAGGAGGAUCGCUUGAGCUCCAGGAGUUGGACAAUAGCCUGAGCAAGAGUGAGACCCUGUCUCUAUUAAAAAUAGAAAAAGUAGCUACUGUGAGGCUGAGGCAGGAGGAUCACUUGAACCUAGGAGUUUGAAGUUCCUGUGAGCUAGGCUGGGGCCAUGGCACUCUAGCCUGGAGCAACAGAGUGAGAAUCUGUCUUAGAAUAAAAAUAUCUAAAUUAUGAAUGAAAUCCUACUAUAUUUGGGGAAGUGGCAUGAACAGAAAGUGUCGGGUGAGGAGCUUAAAGCUCACUCCAUGGGACAGUGCUCCUCCUAUUACCUCUACAUGAAGCCCACCCAAUCCUCACCUCUACCCCAAUUAUCAUUUCUCUGUGUGGAAUGUGUUAUAAAUGGACUUGAUAGAAACAUACAGGAGGCCAUUUUGUUAACAAAUGAAGGCAUUAGGCCAGGCGAGGUGGUUCACGCCUGUAAUCCUACCACUCUGGGAGGCCGAGGUGAGUGGAUUGCCUGAGCUCACAGGUUCGAGACCAGCCUGAGCAAGAGUGAGACCCCCCCAUCUCUAAAAAUAGCCGGGUGUUGUGGCGGGCACCUGUAGUCCCAGCUGCUUGGGAGGCUGAGGCAAGAGAAUCACUUGAGCCCAAGAGUGAACUAUGAUACCAUGGCACUCUACCAAGGGCAACAAAGUGAGACUCUGUCUUGAAAAAAAAAAAAAAUGAAGGCACUGCCAAAAACAAAUAUGGAAUUUGAAAACUGACUUGUUGGGUGGUACCCAUGGCUCUGUGGGUAGGGCACCAGCCACAUACUUCCAGGCCAGCAGGUUCGAAUCUGUCCCUGGCCAGCUAAACAACAGUGACAACUGCAACAAAAAAAAAAUAGCUGGACAUUGUGGCGGGCGCCUGUAGUCCCAGCUACUUGGAGGUUGAGGCAAGAGAAUUGCUUAAGCCCAGGAGAAUUGCUGUGAGCUGUGACACUACGGCACUCUACUGAGGGCGACUCUCUCAAAAAAAAAAAAAAAAGAAAAAGGAAAAUUGACUUGUGUAAAGUGUUGGAAAGUCAACUGUUGUGCCAAUGUAAGUACAUUUUUCAAUAUAAACUGUACUUUGAUGAUAGGAUAAUAUCUAAAAAGAAUUGGAAUCAAGAGUUCUGAUAGGAAAAAAUAUAAUGAAUUCAUAUUUUGUUGUUUCAUGGGAUUAUAUUUUGUUGUUUCAUAGGAAGCUAAAAUGAUAUUAAUCAUGUUUUAACUCUGUCCUUUGUGUAAUAAGAUUUUUAUUUUAAACAUUGUUAAACGUUUCAGUCUAUGUUUUUUUUUUUACGUUUGUCAUUAGCAUUGUAGAGAACUCCUUCACUUUACCCCUUUUUUAUGCUAUUAUUGACUUUUAAGUUUGGAAAAAUGGAAAAUUGUGGGCAUUUGAGAUCAUGCUCUUUUUUCCUUCAUUUAUUUUAUUCAGUUUUAGGUCACAAGAAUGAAGGGAGAGGGAAUAGUGGAAGUUUUGGCCUUUCCUGUUAAGGUUGCUUUGAUCUACAUUAUUAUUACAUGUGUGGGAUAAAUUGUGCCUGGGUGAUGGGGAAAUUCUGACUAUGCUAUUGUAAAAUGCCUUUUCACCUUAAAGUGGUUUUUUAAAAGUUUUAAAAUAAGGCAGUCAUAAAGUAAAAAUUUUACUAACAUAUGUUCUAGGAAAAUGUCUACUUUUAAUCUGCAACUACUAAACUAAACAGCAGUCAGCAGGUAGCAACAUUUAUGACCCCUGAAUUUGAAGUGAUUUCUAUUUAUUUAUAUAUAAUCAUAGUUGCUGCCUACCCUAAUAAAUCUGUUGGUUCCUAAAGUUAAAAAGAAACUAGGGCCAGGUGCGGUGGCUCACACUUAUAAUUCUAGCACUUUGGUAGGCUGAGGUGGGUGGAUUGCUUGAGCUAAGGGAUUCAAAACCAACCUGGGCAAGAGCGAGACCCCUGUAUCUACUAAAAAUAGAAAAACUAGCCGGGUGUUGUGGUGGGUACCUGUCGUCCCAGCUACUUGGGAGGCUGAGGCAGAAGAAUCACUUGAGUCCAAGAGUUUGAGGUUGCUGUGAACUAUGAUGAUGCCAUGGCACUCUACCCAGGGUGACAAAGUGAGACUCUGUCUCACAAAAAAAAAGAAAAGAAAAAAGGGAAA